AUGCUUGUUGUUGGAACAAGAGGAGAUGUUCAGCCAUUUGUGGCAUUUGCAAGAAGACUUCAGGCAUGUUUAACUAUGUUUCAAAGAUUGCUAUUGUUCUGUCUACAUGCUCUCUCAUUCAUUAUUGUCCACUCGUUGUGCAUCUUUCUACGAGUAAUAUGAUACCAUCCAUGAGGCAUUUUACUGGGUUGGAAUUUUUGGCAGAGGAAAAAAAUUCUGAGGGAUCUCUGUCCUAGUAAAACAUAAUAUAGCUGUCUGCAAGGUCGUGAAUAUUGGGUGAAAUAAAGUCAUUAACAAGAUAAUGCCUGGCACCCUGUUAAUUUUUUAUGUCCUUUGGAUAAUGCUUCUUUAGCCAUCCAUUUUUCUUCCUCCAAAUUCGGUUUUAAAAAUCCAACUUCGUGACAAUGUUGGAGCUUUUUUAAAAAAUAGUUUUUUUUUACUUUUCCUUUGUCAUUUCUUUCUGAUUUUUGUGUAUUUUAAUAUUUUGUAAUGCUGUUUACAAUUCUUGGACAGGAGUUUGGUCAUCGUGUUAGGUUAGCUACCCAUACUGAUUUCCGCUCGUUUGUGAAGUCCGCUGGUGUUGAGUUUUAUCCAUUGGGUGGUGAUCCUCGGAUUCUGGCUGGAUGUAAGGAGUUCUCAUCAAUAUCCUCUUUGGAUCCUUUUCCUUAAAGCACUUCCAGACCAAAUCUAUGUCUUCUUGGAAUCUUAGCAUAUGUUUGCCCACAUCUUUAAUCAAUAACCGUUUCAUUUAUUUCUUUGUUUUUUUUAAUUUAUUCUGCAUAAAUGUUGUUUUUAGUCAUUUCCUGUUACGUGGUCUCUCUUGCAUUUUAUUUGACGUAGUAGUCUGGUCGUCACUGAUUUAUCUGGAUAGCUAGGGCUUUAUUAAUGGGAUGGUUAUGUAAACCAUGCAAACAUAAAAAAAGGAAUAUUGUUGCAUAAAUAUUACACCAGUAAAAAAAGGUUUCGAACAUAAAAAAGGAAUAUUGUUGCAUCAUCAGAAGUUGAUAUUCAAAUUUAUUGAAGUCUUGAAAUUAUCUUUUUGCUUACAAAACAAUGACCAGAAGUGCUUCUACCGUGGGCUCCCACUGACUCUGUGAUGCAGUUGGAGUUAGGUGUAGGAUAUGGAAUUAUGUAACCUUUAUAACAUAGAGGUGAAAACACUAGGGUUAGCAGGAGCUACACUCCGGAAAUAUCAUGGAAUCUUCUUGCAGGAGCCAAACUAAAAUUCUCAUAUACAGCAGUAAAAAAUAUGGCCUCAUAUUAUAGACAGAUUGUUAUGGUACACGUGUGGCCAGAUGGUCUCUAUAUGUAAGAUAUGUCCUUCUCAACCAACAUUUACUUGUUUGGAGAUUGUUUAAUUGGGUUUCAUACUGUGGGUUUCGGGGCCACUUGAAUAGGCAGGGUGCAGGUCUCUUUUUGAUCCAGAAAUAGGUUUCUUUUGGUACACUUGUAUAAAUCAGUUAAUGACCCAAAAAAAUUAUUACUGAAAUAGAAAGCUUCUCAGAUGUUAGGGCUUUUCUUCUAGUGUGUGAAAGAACCAAGGAGUGCUAACACUGUUUUGUAAUAAGGAAGGUAAUAAUUUUGUGGUUUUGGGAAUAUUGAGCUACUAGCAUGGCCUGCACGACCUUAGUGUUGGGUAAGUGAUGCAUAGAGGGUUUUGAGCCGCCAAUGGAAUACAACUUGUACAUUCUAAAACGUCAAUGGCAUGUAGAAUUGUAGGAAGAGAGGGGUGCAUUGCCAACUCAGAGUAGAUGUUGGAAUUAAAUCUGCGAGAGAGUCAGUCACAUAAGAGUCACAAUAACAUUAUAUUGGUUUGGUUUAAAUUUUAACUUACUCCACUCCCUCAAGCCUUUCUUUCCUGGGGAGUUCUACCAUGUUUCACGUAAACAUUUUACACUUGGUGGAUUCUCGGGGUCCUAUCAAACAAUUUACAUCCACAAGUCCUGCUCGAUUAAAAAUUUGUCUAGCUUAGAGACGGAGAUAGUAAUACCAGGCACAUAACUCCACAUGUACACGUGGGAAAGAACUUACAAGGCAAUGGGAAGUGUAGCUUACAUGGAAAACUUUUUGUUGGCCUUUGUGGGGUUGAGCAGAUUUCUAUUUUUAGACAGGAGUUGACCUGAGAACUGGCUUCUACGUAGGUAGGUUCAUGUUUUUCAUAUUGAGAUAAGUGUCAGUAUUUCUGAAUUUGAAAAACAACACAAAUUGAGGGCUGACCCACAGCUGAUGCGAGUCGAUUCUUGAUUGACCUGCACACAAUUUUGCAAUAAAGUGUUGACUCCUAAGUUAGAGGAUCAACACUUUCGAUCUAUAGUUCAACACAAAUCAUAAAAUGUGAAUAUUUAUGAAGAAUGAUACAAGAUAAUGUUUGGCUCAUCAAAGCCAACACUUCAAACUCAGCACAUUAAAAAAAUAAAAAUAUUUUGAGAGGAAAAAAUACAAAAAAGCGAUGUAAUACCGGGUGAGAAGCAAAUACGCAUGAAAAACGUGAAAUAAAUUUCUGGUCACUAUCAACUGACGUCUUGUUUUGUGUGAUCAUUUAGUAUAAUUUUGAUAUUUUUUUGAGAUGGGAAAUGUAUUAUUUGCUUCUUUAUAUCUGAUGGUUGUUAUUUUGGAUCACAGAUAUGGCCAGAAAUAAAGGUCUUAUGACAUCUGCUCCAGCAGAAGUAUCCAUACAGAGGAAAGAGUUGAAGGCAAUUAUUCAUUCACUUUUACCGGCAUGCACUGAACCUGACCUGGACUCAGGGACUCCAUUUAGAGCUCAGGCUAUUGUUGCCAACCCUCCUGCUUAUGGUAUGGCUCGAUUGAGAUGACCAUCUAGGCUCGUCUAAAUAUUAUCAUGAUCAAAUAAAUCUUGUGUACUAUUUUUUUGUGUGAUUAGUUUUUGUAUCUACUGCAGUCCACGAAGUUAUCCAUAUCUUUCAGUCUGUGGUUCGCUGUUACUAGCCAUGUUUCUGCAGCAGUGUUAGGAACGUGGUUUAACUGGAUGCUGCCAUCAGCAGUACUUACUCUGCUGUUCUUGAUAUAUAUUUUUUUGAAGAUGUGUUUACUUCAUGAGUUUCAUCUUACGCAGUCAGGCAUUAAUCAUUUUGAAUUUUCAUAUUGAGGAAACAUAAACAUAAUGUUUGUAAGCAGAGAAGUGAUCUGUUAGAUAAGGAUUGAAACUAGAUGUGGAGGAUCUUUUUAUUUCAAUUUUUUAGAACCAGAAUGUAUUUUAAAAUGGGUAUUUGAAUAUUUCCAAACGUAUGAUUGUCAUGCAGGUCACACGCAUAUCGCUGAAGCGCUUGGUGUGCCUAUCCACAUAUUCUUCACAAUGCCUUGGACGUGAGUGUCAUUUGCAAAUUUCUAGUCGUAGUGAACGUUUUGCAAGCAAGUCAUUUCUUGAAUUCCAAUAGGUUGUCAAAAUUGUCUUUAUUUUAUGUCAAUUCAUAAUACUUAAUAUGGGCAAUGUUUUUAUUUAGGACAGACCUUCUUUGUCCAUCUUUUUCUAGAAUUCAUUCUUUCCAAGCAAUGCUUGGUAUACUUACGAGAUGCUUCACAUUAUUUGCUGGUGUUUUUCUCAUCUCGUUUUAAUCACCUGACGAAUCUUACCUAGGUAGAAGACGUAACUCAAUGCCCAUUGAUAUCGAUGAUUAUAACAUAGAAAUCUAUUUCACGCUGUCUAUGCAUAUCGGCAGAUUAUUCAUCUCGAUAUAGCGUUGACUAUGAUUUGGAAUCUCAUCAGAUUUGUCAUGAUUUGCUGACAAUAGACAUUCGCUCAUAUUUUUAUUCUACUUCAAUUUUCCUUUAAAGAGAAUAAAAGUUCUAUUUUCUUUUGCCCGUUGCUCCAUGCCAGAAUUCCAAAUCAUCUGCAUCAAGAAAUUGCAUGUUUACUGAUGGAUUUUAUAGAGAUCUAACGUAAUUGUCUACAGAAGAACUUCAAUGUUUGAAAUGCAUGCACGCCCUUUUUCUUUUGACAGUAAUUUGUAUGUGCAAUCUAUGUAAGAAUCUUGAUAUGAAAGGCUUUCGUUUCUCAUGCACCAUCUCACUCAUAAAGUCGAUAGGCAGGCCAACGAAUGAGUUUCCACAUCCAUUUGCGCGAAUUCCCCAGAGCGCUGGUUACCGGGUACGUUCUGGUGUUUCUUGACUGACGGGCCUUACUCAUGUCUUCGAGGCUUUCUCAUGGUUGACUUAUUUUUCAUCUGAUAAAUUCAGCUUUCCUAUCUUCUCGUGGACCUUGUAAUAUGGUGGGUCAUAAGGGAUCUCAUAAAUGACUUCAGAAAAAGGAAGCUGAAACUAUCUCCGAUCGCAUACUUCAGCACUUAUCAUGGAUCUAUAUCUCAUUUGUCUACUGGAUACAUGUGGAGUCCACACCUUCUGCCAAAGCCUCACGGUAGGUGGCCGUUCACCGAUAGCACAAAAUUCUUUUUUUUUUUCUUUUUCAGUUAAUUAUUUCCUCUUCUUCUUGGUUCAUGAGGAUAAUAUUUGUUCCUGCAAACGUAGUCUGUGGUAUUCUUCGCCAACUUGCUUAAUUCAACUCUUCUUGCACGAUUUAAUGGGAAUUAAAUCCUUUUAAUGGAAAUCUGCAGAGUCUCAUGGCUCAGUUUGUCAGGAUUUUUUUUUUUAUAAAAAAACUUGUAUUAUCGGCUCAUCUGUGUUCUAAAUCAUAUUUGAUACGAGUAACAACUUAGUUGGCACAUUCUAACUUUAUUUUUUCAUUUUUUUCAAGAAGUGGUUUGUGAUUGAUUCGAGUAGUAUUCAUCUCUGGAAAGAACCAUCCUCUGCAAAACUCGGUGCUCUGAUCAUUAAAAAAAUAUAUCUUUUUUUUCUGUAGCAUGUGGAGUUUUCAAAUUGAACCCAUUUCGCCUGAAGAUUUCUGAUUCUGUACUGAAGACCGUGAUGCUUUCUUUGAUGGCGGGAACAAUUAUAGAAAUUUGAGGCUGAAUGCGUUGACUUGCAGACUGGGGUCCGCUGGUGGAUGUCGUCGGCAACUGCUUCUUGGAUCUCGGCUUGGAGUACCACCCUCAGAAGGAGCUUGGGCACUGGCUCCAGAGGGGGCCAAAACCCAUUUACGUGGGCUUCGGCAGCAUGGUAAGACGGCUGUCGUUGACCUUUCCUUUGUUGAGAUGCUGACCAUCCCUCUCAUUGCUUCUGAAGCCUCUUGAAGAUGUGAGGAAGACAUUCGAGGCCAUCAUUGGGGCACUGAAGCAGACUGGACAGAGGGGGAUAAUCGGUCGGGGAUGGGGAAAUCUCGGACCCAGUUAGUAUCUCCCUCCUCUCUAACCCUAAUGUGGUUCAACACUGAAGAACUUUGCUUUGACUGAGAUCUCCCUCUGCUUUGUAGUCCAGGGGAUUCCCGACGAAGUCUUCCUCAUUGAGGAAUGCCCGCAUGACUGGUUGUUCCCUCAGUGCGCUGCAGUGGUGAGCCCACCUCCACGCUUCUCUCAAUCUCCAUUUCUUGGACAGCUUCUGCGGCGAGCUAUGAAAUGGUGGUGGAUGAUGGCGAUGAAAGCAUCCUGAGAUGUCUGCGAUGGAUCCAGGAUCGGGAGCCUCGCGAUCAAAUUUCGGCUUUGAUCCUGAUCUGAAUCUGGAUCUGAUCUAAUAUCUUCGAUGUCGAUCUGCAGGUUCAUCACGGUGGAGCGGGGACGACAGCCACGGGACUGAGAGCAGGGGUAGGCCUUCUCGUUGCCUGAGUUCUUGUCGGAUUGUUGCGAUGGGAUCUGGUUGAUUUCGUGCCUUCCUAACUCGCGGCUCGGUGAUGCUGCCAGUGUCCCACGGCGGUGGUGCCGUUCUUCGGGGAUCAGUUCCUCUGGGCCGAGAGGAUCCACGAGAAGGGCCUGGGACCCCCUCCGAUUCCCAUCUCCCAGCUCAGUGUGGAAAACCUUUCCGAUGCCAUAAGGUUCAUGCUGGAUCCCGAGGUACGCAUGAUUCCUCUUCUGCUACCUCUUUAGAGAGAGAAAGAUAGAGAGAGAGAGAGAGCUGAUUGAUCGUCGGUCCGCCAGGUGAGGGGGCGGGCGGCGGAGUUCUCGAAGCUGAUUGAGGACGAAGACGGCGCCGGCGCCGCCGUGGAGGCCUUCCACCGCCACUUACCGCCGGAGCUGCCGAUUCCGCGGGCGGCAGCGGACGAGGAGUCGGCGGACCCGCUCCGCUGGUUCCUCACGCUUCUGCAGAGAUGUUGCUGCCUCCCCUGGGUGUCCUAG